AUGAUCGAUACUGAACAAUUUAUAAUUGAAAUUCAACAAAAUGAUUGUAUCUGGAACAAACAGGAAAGAAGUCAUCAUGAUAGUCAGGCGAUUCAUGUGGGAUGGACAAGUGUAGCAAAUGCUUGUGUUCACAAAUUUAAUGAACUGGUCGAUAAACAAAAAUCGGAAAAAAUAAAAGAUCUCAAAAUAAAAUGGAAAAAUAUCAAGGACAAUUACAGAAAAAAGUGUAUGCAUAAAUCCGGGCAGGCAGCAAAAUCAGACAAACCUUAUGUAUAUGCAAAUAUUUUAGAGUUCCUUCGACCAACAAUGGAAAACAGAAACACUGAGAGUAACGUUGCUGUACAAAACGACAGAGAGUACACCACAGACAAUGAAAAUGAUAUAUCCGCAGAAGCUAACCACUCGGGUGUAUCUGAAGAAGAGUCUCCAGCUGUUCAUCGAAAAAAAAAAAGACUACAGAAAAUUCUUUUGAAAACCAAUUAA